UUCUUUCUCUCCCCCUCAUUUUUCCCUUGACACAUAUCUUAUCUCUCUAUCAUGUCAUCGGUAAAGGACGAGCAAGUGUACACAAAUGAAAAAGGCGAUGUGACCAGCCUGGAGCUCGCCAACGAGAGCGAGGACGGAUUCGUUGAACCCAGCCAAGCAGAAAUGCGUGCCUUGUUGUGGAAACUGGAUCUUCGUUUAAUUCCUUUCCUAGGUGUCCUAUACCUCUGUUCAUUCUUGGAUAGAGUUAAUAUCGGUAAUGCCAAACUUGCCGGUCUAACCAAGUCCAUCACCAUUUCCGACAAUGACUACAACUGGGCUUUGUCCAUCUUCUUCAUUGGUUAUAUCUUGUUUGAGAUACCCUCCAACUUGAUGCUCAAGAAGAUAGGUCCUUCCAAAUGGAUUCCUAUCGUCAUGAUUACAUGGGGUAUGGUGAUGUGUGCCAUGGCAGCAGUCAAAACCUCUGCUGGUCUUUUGGUGGCUCGUUUUUUCUUGGGUAUAACGGAAGCUGGUCUAUUUCCUGGCACUAUCUUUUAUCUAUCUCUUUGGUAUACAAGAGAGGAGCAAGCUACUCGAGUUGCUCUAUUCUUUGGAUGCUCUACUAUUGCCGGUGCUUUCGGUGGUGUGCUCGCUUAUGGUAUUAUGCAGAUGGAAGGUUUGCAAAAUCUCCAUGGCUGGCAGUGGAUUUUCAUCCUGGAAGGUCUCCCCACUCUGAUUUUGGCCUUUGCUUGUUAUUUUGUGCUUCCUGAUUUCCCCGAAAACUCAAAGUUCCUCAAUGAGCGCGAGAGAGAGUUGGUUGUUCGUCGUCUUAGACUGGAUGCAGGACCUGCCACUGAACAGCACUUUUCAUGGGUUCAAUUCCGAGCUGCUUUCACCGACUACAAAGUCUACCUUCACAGUUUGGUCUACAUUUGCGGUGCCAUUCCUCUUUAUAGCUUGAGUUUGUUCUUGCCUAGCAUUAUCUCUGGUAUGGGCUUCACCAGUCUUACAGCGCAGGCCAUGUCAGCCCCUCCAUACGCUAUUGCUUGUAUCUUUACCAUCGGGGUGGCUAUCCAUGCUGAUAAACGACGGGAUCGUGGUUGGCACAUCUUCUUCCCUGUGGCCGUAGGUGCCCUUGGAUAUCUCUUGUUGAUUGUACUCAAGUCGAAGGGUUCAGCGGCCAUGUAUGUAGCAGCAUGCAUUACCACUACCGGCGUGUUUUCACAUAUUCCAGCCAUGUUGUCAUGGUUUACCAACAAUAUCGGAGGUCAUACCAAGCGUGGUGUUGCUACUGCAUUCAUUAUCUCCAUUGGCAAUGUUGGUGGUGCUAUUGGAGGACAGGUGUACCGAAGCACGGAUGCGCCAUUCUAUACCACUGGACACGCCAUUUGUUUGGCUUUGAUGUGCACUAGUAUGGUGACCACCCUUACAUUCAAGUAUUUGCUCAACCGCGAAAAUAAGCGCCGUGAAAACUUGACGCCAGAGCAGUUUGAACAGGAGUCCCAAGGAACAGAUCUUUGCGAUAAGCAUCCUGGUUUCCGUUAUAUCUCAUAGAGGUGCUGGUCGUUCGUCACCUACGCCGGUUUUAUUCAUUCUUUUCUUAGGGUCCACUGCUAUGUUUACUUGUCAGCUACCAGUUUGCGAGCAGGAUUUCAUGCCUCAUGUGCUAUUGGCCCCUCAUGAACGUCUGUCUUUGUUAUUACUUAUUUCUCUCCUGUAUCUGUUUAAAAACACACCGCCCUAAUACAAACAAGCAAUGGCCAAAGAUGAGCUGAGCUGACCAUCUGACUAAUGCUAUCAACGCUACGUGAGAACAGUGGGGUUUCGGAGGCGUUUGGGUUGGGCGUAGCAUGACAGGGAAGCAUAUUUUCACACUUGGGCCUUUACUUAAUCAAGCUACUUGCGUCCAAUGACUACCAUUGGAGUUUUGUCUGCCUGUUCGUUUAAGCCUGUCUGUUU